AUGAUUGAUUGAAGAAAAACAGAAAAUAGCAACCAAGGGAUGCAAUACUAACCUUGAAGAAAAACAGAAAACUCUGGCUCACGGCGAAUUAGUUUUAACGCGGAUAAGUUGAGGCCUCCUUAAUUGUCCAGUAAAAUUGAGCUUAGACCGCCAUUAUAAUACCCAUUGGAGCAUUGCUUCACGCUGUCUGUGGACUCUUGAAGAGGCGAGAAUGGUGGGAGCAAAUGUAAAGGCAGAGACGAAAGACCUUAUUGACAGGAGGAGUGGCAUUGAACAAGAGAUGAAUGUAAUUAUUGCUCGGUUGUGCGCGGGGCCCAAUGGACCUGGUCUCACUGGAAACCUCGUCGACUCUCAUGGAUUUCCACAGGCUGAUAUUGAUAUUCCAGCUGUUCGUUCCGACCGAAAUCGUCUUGCUAUGCUGCGUAAUGAUCAUAAGGAUAUCACAGAAAAAAUAGAGCAAAACCUCCACAUCCUUCUUUCAGGUGGUCUUGUUCAGGAUCAUCAAACUCUACCACAGAAAAGAUCAGCUGAAGGGGAAGAGUUAGGGAUCCAAAUUUCAUCUGGAUCGAACAGCAUCAGCUCCAUCUCUUUGCCUACUACUUCAGAAGUUUCAUCCAUGGAUGAAGAUGCAAUUCCAAAAUUUCCAUUUGCCGUUGUUGAUGAAUUAUUUGAUGGGUCUCCAGCAGCAUUAGAUGGACUUCAACUAGGAGAUCAGAUUCUGAAAUUUGGUAUGGUGGAGGGUGGUGACAAUUUAGUUCCAAGGCUUGCAAGGGAAGGUCAAACCAACCAAGGCCGUGCAAUUCCUGUAAUAGUUAUGAGACGAGGAGUGAAAGUGCAUCUAAAUGUGACACCACGUGCUUGGUCAGGUCGAGGACUUCUUGGGUGCCAUCUUCAAAGUCUAUGACCAUGGGGAACCACCUAAUAUUAUCCUGUGAAGUAUUCUCCUUGCAUAUAUCAUAUAUAUGAUUGUUUGAUCUGUCACAGCAUACAAAAACAUAAACGACUUGUUUUUUAAUGUGACCAAUUAGAUUUUCCAAGUGUUUAAAUAUGCAGAAGAGUUUACAAGGAUUCAGCGUCGUUGUUUGAGCAUUUUGGCUUGUGUGCAUUCUAGCGCUUCAAAUUUGACAUUUUACAGCAGUUUCAUUAAGUGCAGUAUGCUAUUAUGUAAAUAUGUAAUUACUUUAUUUUUAAAUUGGGUUCUGGUUAGAAAAAAAAGGGUAGAAUGACUAUGUUGCACUCUGGUUUUGUUGACAAAAUGUUUGUUGUCGUAAGUGUAUAGAUAAUGUAUAGGAUUAAAAAAAGGGUGGUUUUUGUAGAAGCAAAGAUAAAAUAGUAAGAAAGAGAAUCAUGUAUGUAGUCCAUUGGGUGUGAAUGAAAGCUGGAAAGUUCAGAAAAGUUAGAUUGUAGCUAGUAGUUUACAACACAAAAUGUUUGCACAUGUACUUUUUGUUAACGGUGGUCAAUGCCCUUUGGGCAGUGAGUGUAAUCUUAAGAAUUUUUGCCUAAACUAAGCUAUUAUCUGAAGUACUUUGUAA